UGAGAACGACAUAAAUGAUAAAUAUCCAAAUUACAACAACAACAUCGGAAUGGUACACUACUGAUAACGACGACGGCAAACUAGAAAGCUACAACAAGAACAUAGAUAACGACAAGAAGGAUCAAAAUAACGAUAUCGAUAAUGGUAAUGAAAAGCAGGCUGGUCAGAAUUAUGGUCAAAAGAAACAAAUUGAAAAGGAUGUCACCGUUGAGAAUGAGAACCAUCUAAGUGAUAAGUAUCAAAAUUGUAACAACAUCGACAUGGACUACACUAUCGCUAACAACGACGACGUACUAGAAAGCGCCAAUAGAACGAUAGACGAUGACAGUUCCGAUGGAUACAAUGUCGAUAGUAACGAAGAAAGCAGUAGUAGUGACAGCAAUGAUGAAGAUGAGAUUGACAAAGAUGAUAUAAUAGAGUCGAUAAGAACUGAGAACGAUUUCAAUAAGGACAAGCGUGAUGUACCGAUUAUAGAGGAUACAUCUGACGGCGAAAGUCCUAAUAAGAAUGAUUUAUCAAUACAAGACCCCACAUAUAUAUAUUCUUUCAACACGAACAGCACGUUAAAAGAUAGUUCGAAUAUCUCGGAAAAGUCAGUAAAUACAAACAACCAGAAUGAAAGCUUCGAUGUCACGUUACUGAAUGGGAGGCCAUCGGUAGAUAGUCGCAAACGCACAGUGCCUGCAUCAAUAACAGAAAAUGGGAAAAGGAACAUAAAGAAACAUUUCUGCAAAUACUGCAAAACAUUACAAACAAAGUUGGCCCGCCAUUUAGAAACAAAGCAUAAGAGCGAACCGGACGUUAAAAAAUUCAUCAACUUUCCAAAAGGUAACAAAGAAAGGAUAAAGAUUAUUGAGACUAUCCGGAAAAGUGGUGACUUUCUCUAUAAUACCAGUGCAAAGGACGAUUUGAGUGAUCUGAUAGUAUGCAGGCGACGUAUGCCAACUAUGAUGAAACAAGCUGAAGAUUAUCUAUGUUGUUCCAAAUGCAAAGGAUAUAUGUCGAAACAAAGCAUACGACAACACUUUGUAAAAUGCAAAGAGACGCAUAAAAAAAGGAACACGAGAAAUAGCAGUAGUGAGUAA